AUGUUAGGAAGUGCAGCCAUCAUGCUUGCGUGGGUGGCUUGUGGAAGGGUAACGGCGUACUUCGAGGCUGAUUUGAAUAGCUGGGACACCGCAGGUGGAGCUUUGUUGGUGGGUAUUUCUAUUAAUUUAAUUCACCAGAAUUUAAUUAGUUCUCGAUGCAGAUCAGAGAAGCGGGCGGGCAAAUGA